GCUGGGAACACGAGGCUAAGAGCCGCAGCUCAAGCCGCCUCAGUGCAGUGUACCGAGCACUGGCCCGCUUGCAGCCCCAGGAUUAGCCCGAGGACGCGUCCUCAGCGCGGCCGCCGCCCAGCCGGCCUCACCUGGAUUACCUACCGCCGCAGUUGGAGCAGAACGAGCGAGAAGGCGACGCGGGAGGAAAGCCCCAGAAGAGCCCGGCUUUGCAGGGACCCCUCCUGCGGACGGACGCGCGGGAAAGCGGCGUCCCGAACGAAGCCAGCUACAGGGCGGGCGCGGGGAGAGAGCGACGCUCCAGGGGAUGGCAGUCGCGUCCCGUAGCGCCUCUGGCUGGGCGCUACUGCUGCUGGUGGCACUGUGGCAGCAGCGCGCAGCCUGCUCCGGAGUCUUCCAGCUGCAGCUGCAGGAGUUUGCCAACGAGCGGGGCGUACUGGCCAGCGGGCGGCCGUGCGAACCCGGCUGCAGGACCUUCUUCCGCGUCUGCCUUAAGCACUUCCAGGCGGUCGUCUCGCCCGGGCGCUGCACCUUCGGAAGCGUCUCUACGCCCGUGUUAGGCACCAACUCUUUCGCCGUCGGGGACGACAGUAGCGGCGGGGGACGCAACCCUCUCCAACUGCCUUUCAAUUUCACCUGGCCGGGCACCUUCUCACUCAUCAUCGAAGCUUGGCACGCGCCAGGAGACGACCUGCGGCCAGAGGCCUUGCCACCAGACGCGCUCAUCAGCAAGAUCGCCAUCCAGGGCUCCCUAGCUGUGGGCAAGAACUGGUUACUGGAUGAGCAGACCAGCCCUCCCACGAGGCUGCGCUACUCUUACCGGGUCAUCUGCAGUGACAACUACUAUGGGGACAGCUGCUCACGCCUGUGCAAGAAGCGCAAUGACCACUUCGGCCACUACGUGUGCCAGCCAGAUGGCAGCCUGUCCUGCCUGCCCGGCUGGACUGGGGAGUACUGCGAAGAGCCUGUCUGUCUUUCUGGCUGUCAUGAACAGAAUGGCUACUGUAGCAAGCCAGCGGAGUGCAUCUGCCGCCCAGGCUGGCAGGGCCGCCUCUGCAACGAAUGCAUCCCCCACAAUGGCUGUCGCCAUGGCACCUGCAGCAUCCCUUGGCAGUGCACCUGUGAUGAGGGCUGGGGAGGCCUCUUCUGUGACCAGGAUCUCAACUAUUGCACCCACCACUCCCCGUGCAAGAAUGGGGCAACAUGUUCCAAUAGCGGGCAGCGGAGCUACACCUGCACCUGCCGACCAGGCUACACUGGCGUGGACUGUGAGCUGGAACUCAGCGAGUGUGACAGCAACCCCUGUCGCAAUGGAGGCAGCUGUAAGGACCAGGAGGAUGGCUACCGCUGCCUAUGUCCCCCAGGCUACUAUGGCCUACACUGUGAACACAGCACUUUGAGCUGUGCAGACUCCCCUUGCUUCAAUGGGGGUUCUUGCCGGGAGCGCAGCCAGGGGGCCAGCUAUGCCUGUGAAUGCCCCCCCAACUUCAUGGGCUCCAACUGUGAGAAGAAAGUAGACAGGUGUACCAGCAACCCGUGUGCCAAUGGGGGCCGGUGCCUGAGCCUCGGUCCUAACCGCAUGUGCCGCUGCCUUCCUGGAUUCACAGGCCCCCACUGUGAACUCCACAUCAGCGACUGUGCCCGCAGGCCUUGUGCCCACGGCGGCACUUGCCAUGACCUGGAGAAUGGCUUCGUGUGCACCUGCCCUGCUGGCUUUUCUGGCCGGCAAUGCGAGGUGCGGAUACUUCUCGACGCCUGUACCUCGGGACCCUGCUUCAAUGGGGCCACCUGCUACCCUGGCCUCUCCCCGGACAGCUUUGUCUGCAACUGUCCCUAUGGCUUUGUGGGCAGCCGCUGCGAGUUCCCUGUGAGCAUGCCACCCAGCUUCCCCUGGGUGGCUGUCUCCCUGGGUGUGGGACUGGUGGUGGUGCUGGUGUUGCUGGGCAUGGUGGCAGUGGCUGUGCGGCAGCUGCGGCUUCGGCGGCCUGACGAUGGUGGCAGGGAGGCCAUGAACAACUUGUCGGACUUCCAGAAGGACAACCUGAUCCCUGCCGCCCAGCUCAAGAACACAAACCAGAAGAAGGAGCUUGAAGUGGACUGUGGCCUGGAUAAGUCCAACUGUGGCAAACAGCAGAACCACACAUUGGACUAUAAUCUGGCCCCAGGGCCUCUGGGGCGAGGGACCAUGCUGGGGAAGUAUUCCCACAGUGAUAAGAGCUUAGGGGAGAAGGCACCGCUGCGGUUACACAGUGAAAAGCCAGAGUGUCGGAUAUCAGCGAUAUGCUCCCCCAGGGACUCCAUGUACCAGUCUGUGUGUUUGAUAUCAGAAGAGAGGAACGAAUGUGUCAUUGCCACAGAGGUAUAAGGCAGGAGCCUUCCCAGCACAUCCCAGCUUUGCCCUAGCAGCUGGAUCUUCCUUCUGCAUUGUUUACAUUGCAUCCUGGAUGGGACAUUUUUAAUAUGCAACGUGCUGCUCUCAGGAGGAAGAGGGAAUGGCAUGACCUGGACAGACUGUGAACUUGCCAAGAGAUGCAGUACCCUUCCACGCCUUUGGGUGUCUGUCUGGCAUCAGAUUGGCAGCCGUACCAGCCAGGGGAACAGAGAGGAGAGGUGCCACUGGGACCUGCCUUGCCAGCAGUGGCCUUCUGAGUGCCCCUCUGGGAUCUGGCUUCUUUUCCAGAGGGAGUGGCAGUGGCCCUGCAGGGCCUGGAGCUGCUGUGGCCUCCACUGGCAUCUGUGUUUCCAAAAGUGCCUUUGGCCCAGGCUCCAUGGCAACAGCUGGGUCUAAAUCAGAGAGGAGAGAGGAGGUCAGUGUGGGCAGGGCCAUCUGUGGGUCAAGAUACCAUUGAGGGUGGCUCUUGGCAGGAGUUGCCCUGCAGGUGAGGUGAGUGUCCAAAGCGGGAGGAGCACUUUCUGCCCUGUGCCUCUGACCACUGCCUGUGGGCCUUGCUCCUAACACCACUCCAGCUUCUCCCUGGCUGAGGCCCUCUGGGCAAGGCUGUUGGUAGGCCUUACUUGGCUUCCACAGCCUCUAGCCUUGGGUGCCUCUGGAUUUUGGUGAGCAAACAGGUGAAAGGCCCGCCCCAUUGGCCAGCCAAGAGAGCCAGGCCUAACGGGGAGCUCAGGGCAGUGAUGUUGGAAAUUCCAGUGAGGGAGAAACCAGGUGCUGUUGCCACCGUGGCCCUUUCCUCCCUCAAACCAGCCCUAUAGCCUUGAGCCUGGGGCUCUGCCCACACCCACUACUGCUCCCAGACCACCCUUGAAGCCGAUCUUCAGAAAUCAAUAAUAUGAGUUUUUAUUUUGUUUUUUUUUUGUAGUUUAUUUUGGAGUCUAGUAUUUCAAUAAUUUAAGAAUCAGAAGCACUGACCUUUCUACAUUUUAUAACAUUAUUUUGUAUAUAAUGUGUAUUUAUAAUAUGGAACAGAUGUGUACAGGAGUUUAUUACU